AUUUUCGUAUUUGUUUAUUGUGAUUUUAAAGUCAAGAAUUGUUUAAAUGCCAAAGAAGCAUUUUAAACAGUGUAACAUUAUUUAAACAAUAUUUUUCUCAGCUUAUUUUAUUGAAUACUGCAUGUGCAAUUAAGAAUUCAAAAGUCAUAAAGUGUGUGACUGUUAAUUAAUACACAGGUUAUAAAAGAGCUACCGAAGUGUUCUUCGUCGUAAGACAAUGGGUUUCCAAACGAGAAUACGGAGCUGUGGAGGAAUUAUGUUCCAUCUGCUGAUGAUUUGUUCUGGAAUUCCAACUUCAAAGUUUCAAGGAAGUGGAUCGGUCUCCAACAAAACCAUGACCAAGGACUCGCAUCCUAUGCUGGCAUCUUUGUUCAACACCGCCACUAACCCUCAAGAAGUUAACGUUGAUUUCGCUGGAGUUCGGAACACCGAAACCUUUACCUCGCACCACGACAACCAACAACAGAAGUUGUUUGCAUUGCCGGUGAAAACGCAAACUAACAUUUGGCCAACGUUUCAAGGAGGUGAUUUAAAACCUUUGCCUCAGAUUUCUAUCGCUAACAAACUUAUCGACGGCAAACCGAUGAACCCGAUUGGAUCCAAUCCUAUUAAUAUCUUGGACACAUUUCCGAAAACAGAUAUGCCGAAUUUGCCAGAUUUUAUGGUAGGAAUGGUGCAGAAAGGAACAAAAGGCGGGCUGGAUAUAUUUAAUCCUUCAUGGGACGAUACAGGUGGAAAUGAAUUUGACAAACCUACUGUUUGGAACCUAGCAGAUAUGCUGUGUCGAUUGUGUCAACUUCGCAAUGACACUCCAUGUAUAGAGAAGCAUUGCUUCAACGCAAACACUAACACCUUCGUACCAACGCAACGAUUUGAGUCUGGUCCGAUAUUCAACACAGACAUCCGGGUACUCGUAGAGCAGAACAGAUUACGCGAGCCCACACGAAUAAAUCCCAUCAGUGGCGCCACCAUGAAUACAAUCCGUAUUCAUCCGGUAUCCUUAGUGCCUGCUCCGCAAGCAAAUGUUAAUCAGGAAAGAGCUGAAUUGCAAGACGAAUGGGCACCACUUGAAGUUAAGAUCGGUGGGCUGCCGAUUAUAUCAGACGGCACACGAUUUUUCGGUGUGCCCUCGAGUGAGCAAAGUAUACAACAGUCCACAUUGCAAGAUGCUCAACGAGGCGUCCCUUCUCUGCCGCGAAAUGUUGUAGCUGGCACAGGGAUACGAAAUGAUAUGAUACUGACUGGAAACCUUCCGAAUUUUCCAAUACGCCAGCCCGUAAGAUUACCAGAAGCAUCACAAACUCAAAUCCCGUUUUCGUCUGUCGAUAAUGUUCAAACGGGUGCGGCAAAUAUUCACACCGCUAUCAACAUUGGUAAUCAGCAUUCUCACGCUGUAAAUGCAAUUACAUCAAAUACAAACAACGUGGUUUUCGGAACAAUACCUACUGGAAAUAGUGUGGUACCUGUGAUGACAGCCAUUCCAAGAGCUCAGGAUAUCUUCAAUUCAAAAUCUGAAACAAAUGAUUUCGGUUUUGUUAAUUUUCAGACUGACGGAUUUCAAUCACUGUCUGAUUCUGGUUUACUUGACAACACACAGCUAGUACAGCAACAGCAGCAGCAACAACAACAACAGCAGCAACAACAACAGCAGGAGCAAUUACAACAACAGUUUCAACAGCAGCAACAGUUACAAAAACAACAACAACAACAUCAGCAUCAACAACAGCAGGAGCAAUUACAACAACAAUUUCAACAGCAGCAGCAGUUACAACAACAACAGUUAAAUCAACAAAAUGUUUUGCAACAGCAGCAACAACAGCAGCAGCAUAGUAAUUCUGUGGCUUCCAUGGGGACAUUCCCAUCGGGAUUUGUAGAAGAGCCUUUCACAACCACGACUGGUUUCCCAACCAUUCCUCCUAGAAGGAACUUUGAACUGCAGAACUUUGGUGGACAAUUUAUAUCCGGCCUUAGAGCUGGACUACGAAAAACGUAAACAUGAACUAUUAAAUAAUAAUAGAUUUAAUUUAUUGUUGUUACAAGAACCCUUCAAUUUAAGACGAAUGUUGCAACACUAUACCACUUUUUUAUGGUCAGUGACAACGAUUUUAAGAAUUGUUGUAAUUUAUGUAGCAACAAAAUUACCACUAUGUGAUGUCUCUAACUGAAAAUUAAUAAUCUAAAAAAACUUGUUUAAAUGUAUGUUUAAUUUGCAGUGAAUAUGCUUAUAAGUAAAUGGUAAUUAGUAAUGACAUAUUAAAAUAUCCUCAUAUAUUGAUCGUAGUAAUAUUGUAUCAGCCUCGUCAAGCGAAAAAGGGUAUUAUAUUAUAUACGACCAGCGAAGCUCCAACCUAGCCGGCGCAAACGCCAUGCGGUCAAGCAACAUUUCGUGGUCUCAUCAACGGACAGAGUAGCUCGUGACAAGACUACGCGAUCGCACAGGCUGAUCAGGUGUUACUCUGGCCUCGAGUGUCUUAAGACACAUUUUCGCAUGACGCGGUCAUAAAGUCAUAUUUUAUACAAUAUAGUAAUUAGUUUACAUGUAAAUUAAAAGAUCGUUCGCAAUUAAAAUAAUUUACACUCAUUGACAAACUAAUGGUUAAAUUGGACCAGUUAAAGACCGUGCUUAUUUCUACUUAUUGAAUGAAGCAACAUAUAUAUCACUACUGACUGCAUUUGAUAAAAAUACGAUGUGACAUUAUUUAAAAGUUAUCUUUAUAUAUUUCGUUUAUAAACUUGACUUUAUCAGACCCAAUUUUAGGUCUCUAAAAUGUCUGCGUCCAUGUUCAAUGCCGUUGCUUGGUGAAAAAACACUAUUUGUAUUUAUUCAGUACAUAAAUUUUCUUUAUUUAAAACCUUUUGUCUGUGAUGUUUUUGUAUAUAUAAUA